GCUGAUAUCUUGGCCAAUAAUCGAGAGUUUGAACUCAAUCUACACAAAAAUGUCCCUAUUUCUUUAUUGUCAAUUGUCAGAUGGAUCUAUGCUCUCAAACCUAAACGAAUAAAAAAAAAAACAUAACGACGAUAAUCAGCGAUCAACGACCUUCUGUUUUCGACUGAAGUCAAACUUACACUCUGUUUUCUUUUGAUAGCGCUCUGAAUCUAAUUUUUAGGAUUUACUUUCAGCCACUGAGUGUUCGCAAAUCAAUUUGAAAUCUGAAGAUUGGAAGUGUCAUCCUAAAUGUAACCCAUUACCUGACACCUUUACAUUGAUUUAACUUCAUUUGAAGAUCUUGUACUUAUCUGUUUAUAAUGUCAAGUAUAGAGGCAAUGGUGAAUCAAGACACAGAAAGUGAACCUGAAAGAGGACACGGAUUGAGAAGAAGGAAUUUGGUUGAAAGUGCACAACAAAAACUUGAUCAGGCCUCACAACUUCUGCGGAGGAAAAUUCCUUACUCUGGACAUUUUUUGGCUCCAAAACGGCUUUGGUUGAAAAGAGUUUCCACUCCAAACUGCGACGUGGUUAUAGUAUUUCCCCCAGGAACGAAAGACCCUGUUUUACUUUGGUUGCUGUCCAAGUUGAGACAGUCCCCAGGUUUAACUGUACAUGUACGGCAUCAUACAUCAACCCACAGUAGCGCCUUUUACCUUACUGCCCCUUUCUCUGUCCUCCUGAAGGCUGCUGAAGAGUACCAUCUUCCAAAAUCUCUCAGAGAAGACAAAGGUGGAGGGCUGAAAGAGUUUUUUGUCCAAGAUUUCUCGUCGUAUGAAGGAUCCAACGAUGAAAAAUAUUUUUUCACAACAGAGGAAAGGCAAUGGCUAGUAUUACGGCUCCUAGAGGGUAUACGAGCAAAAAGUUGUGACAUUGAUGUGAUUCCAGAUUUGAAUUUGAUAGUCGAUCAGCCAAUAAUUCCCAAAUGCCUUAUCGGAGGUAUAAUAUCACAAGUUUUUCCGAUACACGAACCUGCAGCAAUUGAAAGGCUUCAGAAUUCGUGGGUGCGGGAUGUUUUUGCGAGGCAGCCCUUGGAUGACAUCACAGAGUAUUUUGGUGUUAAAAUUGGCAUGUAUUUUGCCUGGUUGGGCCAUUACACGACAGCUUUGAGUAUACCAGCACUGUUUGGUUUUAUAUUUUGGUUAUGUUGCAAUGGUAAACAUCAAACACUUGAAGAUAUAGGAUAUGUGCUGUUCUCAAUAUUCAAUGUUGUAUGGGUUACUACGUACCUUCAAGCUUGGAAACGCUAUUCUGCUGAACUGGCUUUCCGCUGGGGCACCUUGGAUCAGAGAGAUGAUCUCUUGGCAGAACCCAGGCCUUUAUUUCGGCUGCCUCGACAUGUUAUUAUUUGUUCACAGGGCCCCUUGGAAAUCAGCCCCGUCACCAAGCGUCUCGAACCCCACCACCCACCUUGGAAGAGGCAUGUUUUUCGCUACUGCAUCACAGUACCUAUUAUCGCCAUUUGUUUAGUUGCAGUUUUCUGUAUAAUGAUAGUUUCUCUACAAAUACAGGAUUGUUGGGAUAAUGUUUUAAGAAACCGAGGCUUACCCCACUGGCUUGGUUACCUCCCUAAAAUAAUGCUAGCUGUCAUCAUCUCUUUGAUGGACGAAGCUUAUUUUAGAAUUGCCAUCUGGUUAAACGACAAAGAAAAUUAUCGUCUCGAGACGAAAUACGAGAACCACCUCAUCGGAAAAGUUGCCCUGUUCCAGUUUGUCAAUUCAUUCCUGUCUCUAUUUUAUAUUGCAUUUUAUCUUCAAGACCAGGCCCGGCUGAAAGAGCAACUUGCCGCUUUGCUCAUUUCGAGGCAGGUUAUAGGCAAUCUCAAGGAAUCCGCUCUCCCUUAUUUGUUGGAGCAUAUGAGAUUAGCUAAAAUGAGCUUCGAUAUGUGGGGAGCGCUGAGCCCUGUAGGUAAUAAACUUCCUCCGGGAUGCGAGAACGCUCCAGAUGAAACGUCGACUGGCGAAACCAAAGAAGAUGGUUUGGAUGAACCGAAUGCCAAGAGAAGCAUGAGUCAGGCUGAACUUGAAAGUACCCUGUACAAAUAUGAUGGUACCUUUUCUGACCAUCUGGAAAUGACAAUACAACUGGGAUAUGUGAUAUUAUUUUCCUCGGCUUUUCCACCUGCAGCAUUAUGUGCAAUGCUCAAUAACCUCAUAGAAAUCAGAAGUGACGCCUUCAAACUAGCCUAUGUGUGUCAGAGACCGUUCGGUCAGCGUGUACCGAAUAUCGGUACUUGGCAAAAUUGUAUGGAGUACAUGAGCAUAAUGGCUGUAUUGGUGAACUGUGCUUUGAUAGGCCUUUCUGGACAAGUACAUCGAAUGUUUUCAGACAUGACUGCCACUCAGACCAUCCUUCUCAUUGUUGCUUUAGAGCAUAUUAUGUUGGUAAUAAGAUUCAUUAUAACGUGUGCGAUACCUGACAUACCAGGAUGGCUGGCAACAGAAAUGGCAAAGAUAGAGUGGGCUAGAAGGGAAGCUAGUAGAAUCACGAAUAAUACCCCUUCACCAGAGGAGGUCACAUCGAAACUUAUCGGAAGAUUUUCUGUAUCUCCUAUCCAUACACUUGGGAAUGCAUCUGAAAGCAUAAGUAGGUCCACAGAAAAGCUGAGACACCAGGAAUCAGAGUCAACAAAAGAUUGCACUCCCCAGGCAACGCCCACGUCACCUGGCCUGUCUUCUUCCACCAUAUCAAUUUUCACUCACAGUCAUAAACCUCUGAGUACCCGUACGAUCGACAAGAUUCAGGAGAUUCCUCCAUUCAAACCAAGGAAAUCAAAGGAGUGGACUGCUGCUGAUUCUGAAGCUACUCAUCAUCUCACUAUUGGCCCUAGCGGUGGAAUGGAGUGGGCAAGGAGACUCAAAGAAGAGACUGACGUCCACCGGAGCACAGAUUGCAUAGCCCCCAAGGACGCUUCAAGUUCAGAUUCAGAUCUUCUUAAGAGCAGCCCGUUGUGGCCUCCAAGACCUAGAUCUCCCCCUUCCCACCACAUACCUGUCAGGGCAAGACCAUUGAUACCCAAAGAUCCUUCGCUGAGUGACAGCGUCAAGAGUAUUUCCAGCCAGGAAACUGUGGACGAAGCAACGAAAGCUGCAGAAGAACUGGCUGCGAAGAAAACCAGAGUGAAACAAAGCCUGAUGAAGAGGGCAAGAUCUGUGGCUAUAUUUUCUUUGAAAUUGAAGGAACGUCGUGCCAGAGAGGCACAGGAAAAGGGCAUGAAGCCGGCUGUUACUCCCACGGCUCCUUUGCCUCCUCCCCAGCAGGGGGGAGAAUUAUCUUGUAUACCGAUUGAAAAGGUUAGUUAUGCAAUAGUAAUCCAAUAAUGAAUGAUUUUUCCCAAUGACAUGUAUGAAUAAUCAUUACAAUAAUUCAUAGGAAGAGUUGAUGCUUCAAGUUGAAGUUUCUAAGCGCCUUUCUUAGAAUAAAUUGAUGGAUGUAGCCGUUACUACAUGGUAGGAGAUCAUAAUGAAAAGAGAAAUGAA